GGGCUUGCUGGGCGUGGCGCCUUGCCGGUUAGCUGACGAGCUCCUGAUAUUAGGAUCGCCUGUUGCCGUCGUUGGCUACCUCGAGCUCGUUGCGCGACUCCACGUAGGUGGCGCUGGUGAAGUUGCUGCUGAUCCAGGCGGCCAGGCGCACGCCGGUGUAGGCGCCCGUGACCAGCUGGGCCCAGUUCAGCGUGCCGAGGGCGGUGUCUUUCCAGUGCAGGCGGGCGGAGCCCUGCAGGUGCACCGUCUCGCCCACGUCGAACUCCGCCCGGCGCCGCAGAGGCUGGGCGGCGCGGCGGCGGUCGCUGGCGCCCGAAGUGGCCAUACCCGCAGCUUUGGGCCUGGCCGCGGGAGCCGGCGGGCCGGGCGAUUAGAAGCAGGCACGCAGACGGACCCGCCUCGGGGCAACGGAGUCGCGGCUGCAGCAGGAGGCGCGCUGGAGGGCGCCAGGGCAGGCGCUUCGGCCGCGCGCGGCAUCGGCCGAGCCGGUGGUGCGGCCGUCAGUGGGUUGGGCGCGGCGGCGUUGGGGCUGGGCAUGGGCGCGAUGGGCGGAGCCUACGAGGGCGCUAGGUACAUGCUCGGAGGCGGCAACGGCGGUGGACGCCAAGAGCACUCCGGCGAGCGUCGACGCCAAGCUGGCGAGCUACUCCACGACGCGUGGCAUCAAACUAUGCCCUUCGAACGGGACCAGCUCGCCUUGGACCUGGCCUCCAAGCAGUCGGGGCCCGACGUGGAUCAGAAGAUUGCCACGGCGCUUCUGGACCCUCCCAGCACCACCGACUUGACGGCCGCAGCCAACUUGAAGACCACGCUUGCAGACGUCGAUCAAAGGGUGACCACGGCCCUGCUAACAUAUGUGACCCAAGUCGCUUUGGACGCGGCCCUGGCCUUGCGAGAUGGGAGGCUGGUGGCCAGCGCCAUCACGACGGCACUGCUCCCUUACACCGACACCGCCGGUCUCAACUCCUUGCUGGCGGUGCGGGACGGCAGGCUGGACUCUGCCGAAGCCUCCGUGGCCGCCUUGCAGGCGGCGGGCUACCAGACCUCGGCUCAGGUGGCAAGCGCCCUCGCCUCGGCGCUCCUACCCUACGUGCAGCAGACGGGCCUGGACGCUGCGCUGGCAGUCAGGGACAGCAGGCUGGAUGGACACGACGCCGACAUCCUGGCCUUGCAAUCUGCAGGCCCCUUUGCCACGUCCUCAGACCUGACUGCUGCCGAAACCAGCCUGCAGAGCGCCAUAAACGCCAUCCUCGCUCAACUGGCAGCCUUGACAACCGGCGGCGGCAGCAACUUGAUCAACGCGCAGGCCUGGUCCGGCGAGAUCACCCUGCGCAAUUUGCACUUCAACGCGCCCCUCAGCGUGAGCCUGCAGAACGACAACUUCACCUUGAGCCUGGCCUGCGACUCUUACAGCAUCGCACAAGCAGACGCGGCAAUAGCUGCCGCCUUGGUGCCUUACGAAACAGCGGCACAGCGAAACGCCGCCGUUGCGGCGGCAUUGACGGCCUACAGCACUACAACAGAAACAAGCGCGACAAUUGCUGCAGCCUUGGCGCAAUACUACACAGCUGCGCAGGUGGAUAGCGAGAUCGCCACGGCCGUGGCCGGCAUCGACUUGUCGCCUUACUACACGUCGGCGCAGACAGACGCGGCCAUCACAGCCGCCUUGGUGCCUGUGGCUCUGUCGAAUGCGCCGGCCUGGGGCGCCAACCCGCCCACCUGGGAGCUGUUGAAGGGCAGCAACGUGCUGCGGAACCUGCACUUCGCCGGGCCUUUGAGCGCCAGCCUGCAGAACAACACAGACACUCUGGAGAUCGACUGCGACAGUUACGAAAAGGCGGAGACCUACACUCAG